CCUCCCCCUGCUGCGCUGUGGCACUAAUCACCCUCCAUACCGGGCUGCUUUGUUGUGAAUACAGCGGUGCCACCGUACUGCACGUACCAUCAGAAGGUUAUGAGGAGGUUAUCUCGACUGUGACUGCAGCAGGAUUCGUCCACACCAAGAAAAACGUCAGCCAGCGCUGCAUCAGUGAAGCAGCUCACCUGAGAGCAUCAGAGAGCUAGUAAACGUGUCGUUUUGCAGACUGGACGCUGUGCACGCGUCUGUUGUAUGCUUCAUUUCUGCUGCAGCAAGGACAGAGAUAACCAGGGCGAUAUCAGGAUCCAUGAGAGACGUUUCGAGCAGGAUACCGCUUCAGUAGCACGCAUCUGUGUGUGCAGGUUGUGAGGGGAUUCAGCCAUGGAUGCGGGGAGGCUGGAGCAGCAGGUGGCCAGUGUGGAGAGAGGCAUCACCUUCCUGAAGCAGGAGCACCUGGCCUUGCUGACUGGUCUGAAGCUGGAGAUCACACACCUGAAAAGGCGCUGUCAUGAGCUGAGCUGUGAGCUGGACUCCAGGUUUCCUUACAGAACCACAGCAGAGGAGGAAGCAGAGCUGGCAGCACGUUGUGAGGCUGCAGAGCGUCUCCUGCAGGACCAGCAGUGCAUGAUGGUCGCAGCGCGUGGGGAGCUGCGUGCCGGCCGUGCACGAGCAUCAGCACUUGGCAGGAGCCUCAGGGAAGAGGAGCGACACUUCCUGGAGGAGCUGAAACGCCGCAGCCACAAGAUCACGCUGCUGAGUCGUGAGCUGCAACGCCAAAACCUCACCACCUCGACCCUCUGCCACGAGCUCCACACCGCACGCUUGAAACUGUUCAAACAACGGCAGAGCACAGACUGCACUGCAGAGAGGAAGGAGGAAGACAGCGGAAAGGAGGAAGAAGGAGGAGAGGAAGAGGAAGAGGAGGAGGAGGAGGAUGAAGAUGAGGACGAUGAAGACGAGGAAGGCGAAAGCUCUGACUGGCUUCUGUCCCCGCCUCCUCCAGCCUCUCCCAGCCAACCGGAUGUGAGACUCAGGAGGCGUGUCAGCGUGAGGGAGGAGAGAGUCAGAGCUUGCGUCCCGCAGGAGAGAGUGACAUCACCGCAGAGGCCACACCCCAUGCCUGACCCCGCCCUCUUCUUGGUGCCACUCAGGUACCGCCUCCUUCGCUGGAACCGGCCAAUCAGAACGCAGGAUGCAGGAGAGGGGACGAUGGACGAGUGGGAGGAUAUAGAGGACAGCAGAGUGCACAGGAGGGUGGACAUGGGAGCAGGAGAAGGAGAAACCGCUCUGUGACGGAGGCGGAGAGGCGACGUUGUCUUCCAGCAGUCGACACCUGAUGCAGUUAUUCUAGAAAAAGGUCGAGAUGAGAGAGAUGUAACCUCGUGAUUGUCUGUAGAUUUCAGGAAGUGAGUUUGAUAUUUAGACAUAGUUGCACAAGAGCGUGUGAUGUUAACCUCAAAGCUACACAUAGACGUAUUGAUUGAAUUUGUCACAUUUAUGGUACAACAUGUACUUAGAAAAUGUGAAGAAAUGAGAGAGUGAAUAAGGGGAGCUGUUUCAUAUGGAUGCCUUUUGAUUUUAACACUGUCGAUCACGGCUUUUGCCUGUAAUUAGUAGCCUUGCCUCUGGGUCUGUGAACACCGUUCAAAGUGGCAAACUGCUUUUUUCACUGCACCAGCUGUAUUCCAGGUUCAGAGAGUCACUAUAUAGAAGGCUUAGGGACAUUUUGUAUGAUUUGCACUUUAUUAAAUUCAUGCAAUGUGCCUAAUAAUGGCAAAACAGUA